CAGACCUCACAGUGUACAUGUCAGCCCCAUUGCUGCAUCUUUAGGCAAACUGAAAAAAAAUCUCCUGCAACUACCCCUCCCUCCUUCCAUGAAACUCCUCUACAUGCACUACCUCUUAUUGCAACUCUCACUACCCUCAGCCAUUCCACAUUCACAUCUUCUCCAAGUUCCCUGGACUCCUCCUGCAGUAGAUCUUGCAUGCAGGUCCCUUGGUAAUACAGCACCCCCUACCCACCCCAUUCUGUAAAUAGCCACCCUGACCAACCAUGACAGAACCCACCAACCUCACCAUAGUAUCUGACCCUCAGCAUGCUGCCAAGCUCCUGAGGGCAUUGGGGGCUUUCAGGGAAGAGUCUGACUUCUGUGAUGCCCUGUUAGUUUUGGAGGAGCAGGAGAUCCCUGUGCAGAGGAACAUCCUGGCAGCAGCAAGCCCUUACAUAAGAGCAAAACUAAACUACAACCCUCCAAAGUGUGAUGGAACGCCUUACCGCAUUGAGCUGCAGGGGAUUUCAGUAUCCAUUAUGAAAGAAAUUCUGGACUAUCUUUUCAGUGGGCAGAUUAGACUGAGUGAAGAGACAAUUCAAGAUGUUGUCCAGGCGGCUGAUCUUCUGCUUCUUACCGAUCUCAAGACUUUGUGCUGCGAGUUUUUAGAGAGCUGUAUCACUGCCGAGAACUGCAUCGGCAUCCGCGACUUUGCACUGCACUACUGCCUUAACCAUGUCUAUUACUUGGCCACGGAAUACCUGGAGACCCACUUCAGAGAUGUAAGCAGCACCGAGGAGUUCCUGGAACUUGGCCAUGUAAAGCUGAAAGAAGUGCUUUCCCUUGAGAAACUGAAUGUUGGAAAUGAGAAGUAUGUUUUUGAAGCCGUGCUUCGGUGGAUAGGUCAUGAUGCCGAUGUGAGGAAAGUUCACAUGAGAGAAGUAAGCUCUGCAUUAUGGGUAACCGGCCUGGACUCCAGUUACCUGCGGGAACAGAUGCUAAACGAGCCGUUGGUCCGAGAAAUGGUGAGAGAAUGCAGCAAUAUCCCACUGAGUCAGCCACAGCAAGGCGAAGCAGUGCUGGCGUCCUUCAAACCCCGGGGAUACUCAGAAUGCAUUGUGACAGCUGGUGGGGAGGAACGAACGACACGUAAGCCUCUAGCAGCUGUUAGGUGCAUGUGCCCUCUUUACGAUCGAAAUAGGCAACUCUGGAUUGAGCUGGCUCCACUAAGCCUAGCCCGAAUUAACCACGGAGUUCUCUCUGCAGAGGGUUUUCUGUUUGUUCUUGGCGGACAAGAUGAAGAUAGCCAGACACUUAGCUCUGGAGAACUGUAUGAUCCGGAUGCCAAUGCUUGGAGUCCUCUCCCUCCCAUGCUUGAGGAAAGACAUAGUUUUGGCAUUGUCGAGAUCGAUGGUGUAAUCUACGUUCUGGGAGGAGAGAAUGGGGAUCGUGAAUUGAUAUCAAUGGAAUCGUUUGAUAUUUGUACCAAAGUGUGGACCAAGCAACAAAAUAUGACCAUGGUUAGAAAGAUCGGCUGCUACGCAACUAUGAAAAAGAAAAUCUAUGCAAUGGGAGGAGGUUCGUACGGAAAACUCUUUGAGUCUGUCGAAUGUUAUGACCCCAAAACCCAACAGUGGACGGCAAUAUGCCCUCUGAAAGAAAGGAGGUUUGGCGCUGUAGCGUGCGGUGUUGGCUUGGAGCUGUAUGUGUUUGGCGGAGUCAGGAGUCGAGAGCAUGAAACUCAGAACAGUGAAAUGGUGGCCUGCAAAUCCGAAUUCUAUCACGACGACUUUAAACGGUGGAUAUAUCUAAAUGAUCAGAAUCUCUGCAUCCCAACAAGUUCCUCCUUCGUCUAUGGAGCAGUACCUAUUGGUGCCAGUAUUUAUGUAAUUGGUGAUCUUGAUACAGGCACAAAUUACGACUACGUGAGAGAGUUUAAGAGGAGCACGGGAACGUGGCACCACACUAAACAGCUACUCCCUUCCGAUCUCCGCCGGACUGGCUGUGCCUCAUUACGCAUUGCAAAUUGCCGUCUUUUCCGACUACAGCUUCAGCAAGGACUUUUCCGCAUUCGCAUACAACCUUCCUGAGAGGCAAGCUACGGCAGGGACGGGGACAAACCAUGUUUAAAGAAAUACUUAAAAGCAAAAUGUGGCGACUAUCACGCAGCAACCGGAAAGCAAACCGGUAGAUAGAGCUUGGGUUGCACAC